AUGGCUGAUCCUACUGAGAAUAAAACCAAAAUUUCACUAAAGGUAAUUGUGCACAAAGAGAAGAAGAAAGUGAUAUUUGCGGAAGCUGGGAGCGAUUUUGUUGACAUUCUUUUUGGCCUCAUGACAUUGCCUUUGGGUACAAUUGCCAAGGCCUUAGGAAAAUGUGAAGAUCAAAAGAUUGAGGCGCUUGGAAACUUAAAAAACUUGCACCAGAGUCUAGUGGAUCUUCCUACGAGUUACUUUUCGUCUGAAGAAACCAAAUUCCUGAUGCUUAAUCCGAGAAGCUCAUCAUAUGAGCUCUACAAAAAGCUGAAACUCAACAUAGAUGACACUGACCCUCCCAAAUACUUUGUCUGUCAAAAUUCGAUUUGUAUUCGAUCUUAUAGUAUUGCAUAUUUUAGCAGUUGUAGUUUUGCUAAAUGCAAUGAUUUUCGUGUGAUGCCAAAUACAUCAACCUCUAUCCUUCAAUUGCUCAGUGAACACGGAAUUACCGACUCUAAUCAUUUAGAGGAGCGGACCAUAACUAUCCAUCUUGAACAGAUUCCCAUCCUUUUGAAUUCUGCAUUAGCAUUCAAAUGUGGCUUGAGUUACUUAGUGUUUUCUCGCAUAAAAGCUGAAGAAGAUUUUGUUGACUUUCUUUUUGGUUUCUUGGUUAUCCCUUUAGGAACAAUAAUUGGCAAGUUGAUGAAUGGUAAUACUUGUGUUGAAAGUUUGGUCAACCUGUAUGCACGUAUUUCGAAUAUGAUUGUGGGAAAAGGUUUUAAGUCAGCAGAUGUCAAGGAUAUGCUUCUUAAACCUCUAUUGGAGCAAAAGAAUCUUCCACAGAACCAGAUUUUUCCCCUUGAUAUUUCAAACGGCUUUAAGUUAUACCUUUAUACCUAUUAUACUCGUUCUAGUUAUUGUGCUUAUAUUACAUCUACUACUAUACGUGAUUAUUAUAGAUCAGAAGAAAAGUUUCUAGAAUUGACCUAUAAAAAUCCCCAAGGAGGAUUUUUGAAGUCUUCUGCGAAGUUUAUGUUGAUGGAUGAUCUUGUCGUAGCGCCUUCAUCUUCUUUUUCAACCAUCGCAUUACUAAAUAAGUUGAAAGUCCCAUUCAACGAUAUUGAGGAACAUGAAUUAAGUAUCGGCAUUGAAGAGGGUUUGAAGAUUUUGAAAGCGUCACUGAAAUCUUCGUCACACUGUUUCUCGACUUUGACAGAUGAUUUACUCAAAGGAAAUGAUCGCAAACGAAAAUCUUGA